GGGACUGGCUUUGUGGGCAGAGCCCUGAGCCAGCUGCUGCGGAGCCGCGGGCAUGAAGUGAGCCACGUCUCUCGGCGAGGGGGCAGGGACCGGAUCACCUGGGAAGAGUUGUCCCACUCUGGCCUGCCCCAGUGUGACGCCGUGGUGAACCUGGCUGGUGAAAAUGUCCUCAAUCCUUUCCGCAGAUGGGGCGAUGCCUUCUGCAGGGAAGUCAUCAGCAGCCGGGUUGAGACCACCAAGACCUUGGCCAAAGCCAUUGCUGAUGCUGAACAGCCACCCCGUGCUUGGGUCCUUGUCACCGGCGUAGGCUAUUACCACCCCAGCCCCACAGCUGAGUAUACUGAGGACAGUCCUGGGGGGGAUUUUGACUUCUUCUCACGCCUGGUGAGCUCCUGGGAGGCUGCAGCUCUCAUCCCUGGGAGCCCUGCUCGUGGUGUUGUGGUGAGAUCUGGGGUAGUGCUGGGCCGAGGUGGUGGUGCAAUCUCUCAGAUGCUCUGGCCUUUCCGUCUGGGACUAGGAGGCCCCCUGGGCUCUGGGCUCCAGCCCUUCCCAUGGAUCCACAUUCGGGACCUGUCUGGGAUUGUGUGUCAUGCCCUGGAGAGUGAGUGCGUACAGGGCAUCUUCAACGGUGUCUCCCCAUCCUCCCCUGGCACCUCCAAUGGCACCUUUGCUCAGGAGCUUGCUGCAGCCCUGCGGCGCCCAGCCCUGCUGCCAGUGCCUGCUUGGGCCGUGCAGGCUGUCUUUGGGGCAGAGCGAGCUGUCAUGCUGUUGGAGGGCCAGAGAGUAGUGCCAAAACGCACCCUGGAGAGCGGCUACCAUUUCAUCUUCCCUGACCUGUCUGGAGCUCUGAAGGACAUUGUGGCUUGA